UUUUCAUUUUAGCUCGUUGAUUCAAGAAAGUUCAUAAAUGGGAACUGCUUGCAGUCUGCGCAAAGGACCACGUUUUGAGCCCUCUACACAGCUAGUUUUUUGCGCAUCGUACUUGAAUAUUUCCGAGUGUAGUAUAGUAUUCCGCCGUACAAAUAAAUGACACGCAAUAGAACCAAUAAAAAACGAUGCGCAGUUUUUAUAAAUCGAGUGAUUGCAUAGACGAAAACUGAACAGUAAAUCUGUAAUUUGGUUUGUAAUAGCCGAGAAGUUUCAUAAAAUCAUAACAGUGCGGGAACUGCAGGAUAGUAGUAAAAUUGAAUGUUUUGAUGUCAUGCAGAGGCAUGACUUCCAUGCCCUGCGAUACGGAAGGGCGUGCGGUGCAGAUUACGUUUACUAUGAAUGAUUUUAUCUCUUUCUAAACUCUAGUGUCUGUGAAUGACCGAGUGAAAUAGCGUACCAAAUUAUGGAUUGAAUAGUGUUGUUGAUGUAUUUUGUUAUUUUCAUAACGUAACGCGAUUAGGAUAAAAUUAUUGUUAUCGUGGCCGCGAGGAAUCAGUGUAAGAGUGGCACGGCGCCUCGGAGCCGCAUAUACGGAACUGCGUCGGUUCGCGAAUCGGGCGUUAGAUUUAUCGUCUGGCGCGUUACUAUUUACGCACUUUUCGAAAAAGAUAGUACGUAUUUUUAGUCGCCGCGCGUGUUUCACGUGAACCGUCGGGAGCGUCUCGUCAGGUCGGGUGACCGCGAUCGCGGAAUUCGUAAACAACCUCAAGGUCGGCGGGCAUGUGCCAGAGUCGCUAGGGCUGCGAUGCGGGCACGCUGACAUGUCUGCGGCGGGCGGGGGCGGCGCGGGCGCCGUGGUGCGCCAGGGGCACCUGCGGAAGCUGAAGACGAUGAAGAAGAAGUACUUCGUGCUGCGAGCGGAGAGUGCGGACUGCUCGGCGCGGUUGGAUUACUACGAGUCUGAGAAGAAGUUUCGUGCUGGCGCGGCGCCUCGCAGAGUUUUACCUCUAAAGAGUUGUUAUAACAUAACGCGCCGCUUGGACCUUAAGCAGAAGCAUGUGAUAGCGCUAUUCACUCGUGAAGAACAGUUUUGUGUAGUGGCAGAGAAUGAGCAAGAGCUGCAUGGCUGGUUGUCUGCUAUCUUGCGACAACACUCUUCUGAUGAGCACAGUGAUGAACUCCUACAUCCUAUCCAACACGUUUGGCAAGUAAACGUACAGAAGAAAGGACUAGGAGCGUCCAAGAACAUCCAAGGGCUGUACAACCUGUGCUUGACGGACAAGACGUUGGCACUUGUCAAGAUCAAGAGCCACAACAACGUCAUCAGCGACCUUGGCAUCCCGGAGAAGAUUGAGUACUCCUUGAAGAACAUUAGAAGAUGUGGCGACUCAGAAUGCUUCUUCUACAUGGAGGUGGGAAGACAAACGGCGACGGGUGACGGCGAACUGUGGAUGCACACAGACGACUCCAAUAUAGCACAGAGCAUGCACUCCACCAUUUACCAUGCCAUGCGCAACUGUGCGAAAGAGACAGAGAACGAGCGGGAUCAUAUCACGAUGCCAAAAUCGGACGAUGAGCACCCUCGCCCUCGGCGGCAGACCGUCUCCGAAGGGCAGAGGCCCCGGGCCGGCCUCUCUAACGAAAAGGGCCUCUGCGUUGACUCAUGCAUUACACAAUGCGUGUGCUCAACGACUUACUCCAUAGAUGACUCGGCGGCGGCCAUUGCGCCUCUCACGACCAACGCCGAAAACCAACCACCGAAUAACUCACUAACCGACAAACCUGAUCAUCCGCGACUCAUUAAACACCAUCGCACCGUCUCGCUGCCCACCGGCUGCCCUCUCUUCCAAGAACCGCUCAAGAUCGUCCACGAACGGACCCGAUCCGCACCUCUGACUGGUGACGAAGUAGAUCGGGUGACCAUAGAGAGGGCCCAACGGCACUCUUCGUGUAAGGCCGUGAAUGGGACGGAGAAGAAAACACAGUGGAGCCGGCGCGCCAGUACGGGGACGCGGUUGUCCAAACUAUCGCCCGCUCAUACAAAGAACGCCACGGGUCCAUUUAGAAAUCGUUGCGACAGUAUGCCUUCGAAGGCGUUUAAGUCUUUGGAGGUCGAGAGACCGCCCACACGCCACUCGGAGCUCAUUGAAGGCCUGAGUACGUCCCACGAUGAAGCCGACGCAGUCGAGUGGCACCGCACACCGCGGAUACCCGAGGAACCAGAUUACUGCGAAAUGGGACCCCGGGAUAGGUUUAGUAAAUUGGGUCGCGAACCAGCGAGUCACUCCCGUACCUCCUCAAUAGCGGCCUCCGAGACCUCCCCAGAGAACGCCCACGACGGCUACCUCCCCAUGGCGCCCGAGUACCCCGCCGCCACUGACGGGUACCUCCCCAUGGCGCCACUAGACCACGGACUGGUGUCAGCGUCUAGCGGCUCUGUCUGCAGCGGGACACCGUCUACAGAUCCUCGGUUUAGUGAAUACCAGCUGGAGCCAGCCAUGUCCCACAUAAUAGACGCGGAUGAGCGCCCUCCUCGCGCCUACAGUGUGGGCUCGCGGCCCGUGCCACCGCGACCUGAUGUCACACGGCUUCGGGCCUACAGUGUCGGCGCCCGCAACAACAGAGUCAUACCUGCGCCCGUGCACAAAUCAGGUGCGCGCGCUUCCUCGUCCGCGCCGCUACUACCGCGGACGUCAGCUGAUGACCUCAUGGAACUAGACUUCUCGCAUCCCGAGCCCGCCCCGGCCAAGGUGAUCGUAUCCCGAACGCCUCCAGCGGCCGGCUUCGUGCACCCUCGGCCUUCAGUCCCGCGGCCGCACACGCGAGAAGAAGACAGCGCGGGCUACGUGGAGAUGCGGCCCGGAGCCCUGGGGCUCUCGCCUCCUCGCGUCGCUACUACGCCUGAUGGCUACGUCGAGAUGAAUCUUGGCUCUAGAACGCCCCUCCGGCCGGCAGUGCUGGCCUCCUCCCCGCAGACCCGGUCCAUACUGUCGGACACGCUUUUCCCCCUCACGCUGGAGUCGCCGGGGGAUAGCUCCUCGCCGGAACCGGCGCGGCCGCCGACGCGACCGGAGACUAAACCGGAUCCGGCGCCGGAGCAUCACCCGCUCACCACGCUCAGGGAGAUCUCCGAGGAGUGUCCAAGGAAAAGUCCCGAGCUAUCGUCGUCACCUUCGUACGUGGCGCUCAGCAGACAAACCAGCCGUGUUGACUCGGAGAAGCAAGGCAACCCGACCAUUGUCAAGGCGGGCGCAGCGUCGGGGCCGGCGCGCUUCGACCCGCGCCCCCCUUCCCCCGGGCUGCACUACGCCGCGCUCGACCUCGACCCGCGCGCCGCCGCCGCGCCCGCGCCGCCCCGCGUCUACACGCAGAUCGACUUCCUGCGCAGCGAGAAGCUCGCCGGCGCCAGCGCCGCCGCCGCCGACAACUAGCCCGCUCGCACUGCCGGUGCCGGAGACCACAGGUAGAGGGAGGGGGACAGCGGCGACUAUGGACCGCCACAGACAACUAACACGCCAGGGGGACAGUACGACGCACGUAUUAACAAGUGUUCUGUGUGAUUUUAUAGGCCGUGUCACUGUCGACUGUAACUGAUAUCCUGGCCCGCUCGCGCUGCCGGUGACAACAGGUAGAGGGAGAAGGAUAGCUAACGUGUAUGUGGACAUGACUACAGAUCGCCAUCUAUACCUAGCCCGUUCGCACUACUGGAGACGACGGGCAAAGGGAAAGGGAUAGCAUAAUGUGUAUGUGCUGUGGAUAAUUGGAUCGACUAUGGACCGCCACCGACAGCACAACGUGUAUUUAGAGGUGUUCUUUCUGUAAGCGUUAUUAGCGCGCGAACGCGUCACUGUCGACUGUGUGAUAAUGUCUCCUGGCCAGCUCGCUACUGUAGUUAGUAAGAGGGACUGCGUGUAAUAAAGUCACGCAAGCUCUGUCAACUAUGAGAAGCUCAUCAAUCACACUAUUACUACUACAGUGGGCCUAGCACAUGAUUGCCGCGGGAGUAUGUCGCCGCGAGAUAGAUGACACGUCUCUGUCUAACCAAAGAGGAUCAAGUAUUAAAGAGAAUUACUGUCGAAGUAAAAUGUGUAAUCACAGUGCAUAGACUGCCAUCUCUUGACACAGGCUUAAAAAUUUUGAACAGUUGAAAAUUUCGCCCAUAUUCUUAGCUUAGCUUGAUUAUUAUUCUUGAUUUGAUGUGUUAAAAUGUCAGCAUAUUAGCGUCAUCUAGCUGAGCGUACCCCAAAGGUGUAAUGCCAUCUAGUCCACCGCACAUCUGUAUGGUACUGAGGUACGUUUUUUUUCUUAGACUUUAUCUGUCUAUACGGAGUUAUAUAUGUCUUUGGUCUAACUGUAUUAAUGACAUAACAACGGGUAGUCUAUCUCGCAACGACAUACUCUCACGAGAAUCAUGUGCUAACCCCAGGCGGAGAGAGGAAGACGACAUGUAUAGUGUCCAGUUUUUGUAAUAAGCAUGUUGAUGCACGGAACAGCCCGUCGUUUAUUAUAUGCGUAUAGAUCUAGUGCGAAAAGUUUUGCCUUCGUAUUGUUACGGAAACGUUCGAACGUGUCAUGCUAUCUCAGUCAGUCUCAGUACAAGAUGUACUGACAUUGACUGAACUAGCAUGACAAAUACGAACGUUUCCGGAAAAAUACGAAGAAAACCGAAAUACGAAGAAACGUAUGUGUAAGCCUGCGGAUCACAAUUGUCGGUACAAGGCGAAGUUACAGUCGACUGCAACUUUGUGUUAAGUCGGUUAAAAUGAUUGAGAGAAUUGGCACGCGGGCAAGCGACUGUUUAAAUGAGAAGACUAAUUUGUAAAAUAUACGAAAGGAUAAAACUUUUCUAUUUAAAAAUCAAACUUAGGUUUCAGAACCCUAAAAUAAUCUGUAUUUGAUAUUUGUCAAAGCUUCUGACAUAACGCGUUCUAUUAGGUAUAAUGUAACCUAUAAAAUUACUAAAUUAAAAUGUUGAACAAUAAUGUGGUUAAUAAAACAUUUUAAACCAGAACUACAAAAUGCCUUUUAUCCGGGUCGUAAUUGAUUUUAAAAAUCUCCAUUUAAACAGUUCGCAGCGCCCAUUACGAGAGACUGUUGUUAAUGUAAGAUGAUAUCAAGAAUCGAUGUUCUAGCUUUGAAGAUACGGAAUCGAAGGGAGAUGGAAUACGAAAACGUAUAGUUUAAAAUGAUCCCAUCUCUCUCUAUUCUUGUAAGAGCGCCUGGCUAGAGUCAUAGUAAAAAGAAAAAAGUAGGAAGUUUCAAUGGAAAUUAUCGCGUGCAUGCUGCAUGUUGUAUGCCGUUGCCUGUGUCACUGUCCUACUUUUAUAUCUGUACUGUGUAAAGUAAAAUGUAUUCACAUUUAUUUUCUAUUUUUCAAGUUACGAAACGCUCUAAAUCUUCUCGCUAGCUUCUGAUACAAUUAAUUAUAUUUCGUUAUUAAUGUUAUUAAAAAACGGUACGCAUGUAUUAAAAAUAUCGAAAUUGAAUGUGCGAUAUCCAUUUUAAAAGUGUAUGUGUUUGUACAGCGGAUAUAAAAGAUGUUUUAGAAAGUAUGAUAAUUAUGUAACAUUAAUUUCGCUGGAAACUAAAGAAAUAUUUCUAUAUUAUUAAUUCAUCAUCAUUCAUAUUGCUAUGUAAUGUCCGAGACAAUUAAAGUAACGACUGGUAAUCUCCAUACAUAGUUAUUACUAGUAUUUUUUUUAAUUGUCUCUGGCAAUAUUAAUCGUUUAUUAUAAUUGUUCUAUACGUGUACUUAUAGUUAUUAUCGUCUGUCUAUAUUUAUAACUUGAAAUUACUACUUCUAGUACAAUAGCGGAAUGCAAAAAGCAAUAAAAAUAUAAAAUAAAUGUGCGCAGGUAACAACAGUGGCAAAGGAAAGAACAUAAAUAAUUUAAAAUAUAUAAAAUAACCUCCUAAGAUUUUGCAUACAAAUCAGAAUUAUACAUGAAUUUUAAAGCAGAACAAAAUAAAUUCAUAUGUAUAGCUUCAAAGGUUCAACCUUCGUUGUCUGUAUGUUUGUAGCAGGCCUUAGGAGGUAACAUAGGGAGUUGUAAAGCGAUUUUCAAAUUAAUUGUAUUUUUUUCUGCCAUGCCUCAACGAAACGGAAGCAUUGUCCAAAGCCGAGAGUCAUUCAUAAAGGACAAUGACUUAUUUUUCUAUUAGACAAGAGAAGGUUCCAAUGUUAAAAUAAACAUGCUGGAUAUCGCAUAUGUGCGACGUGUUAAAAAUUCUUAGAAAAAAGUGCAAAAAUGAAGAAAAUCGCUUAAGGCACUGGUCCCACCGCGAGCUAGUAAACUAUGAGCUAUCGGCUAUAAA